AGUACUCUAGUUACAACAGGUGCAUCAGUACCAACAACUGGUCCACCAACAACGAAAAGUCCUCCAGUUACAACAGGUGCAUCAGUACCAACAACUGGUCCACCAACAAUGGAAAGCACUCCAUUAACAUCCAGUACAAUAAAACAAACCACUGGUUCACCAUCAAUGGCGACUACUUCAAAACCUACACAAUCUACAUCACCAUACACAACUGCCACACCAAUGCUACCUACAAGCGGUUCAUCAACUAGUAUGUCACCAGUGACUAGUACUCCAAUCUUAACACAGCCUUCUUCAACAAUAUCGGUGACCACUGCAGCCACUGGUACUUCUCCACUGACGCCAAAAUACACUAAGACUUCAACAGGCUCAACAAAACUGAGUUCAUUGACGACAUCCAUAGCAACUACAAGUAGUAUGAAAACAACAGCAGCAACUGCGUACACAGAAACAGAAGGAACGACAACCGUCUCUCCAACAGCAACUACAACUGCUUCCCCAACUGUAAUAUCAACUACCGCAGCUGCGGGAACAACUACUGCCUAUGCAACAACCACUGCAAGCUCCAGUGCAAAAACUACUGCUCCUACUGCAACUAGUGUGACACUUAGUAAAACAACUACUGCAUCACCCUCAUCAACAACAGCUAAACCCACAACAACAACUGCAACACCAGCACCAUCAACUAUGACACCAUCAGUAACAACAACUGGUGCAACCACAACAACUACUACAGCAUCAACAACUGUUGCACAUACCCCUACUGUUACAGUUUCAGAACUUACAUCUGGUGUAACUAUGGCAUCAUCGACCACUGCUGUACCUCAAACAACAUACUCUGUGUCAACAGCUACAACAGCAACAACAACGACUUCUCCAACAUCAGCAACAACAACUACUGCACCAUCAGCAACAACUGGUACCGCAACAACAACAACAGUUGGGACCACAGCAACCACUAUUGUGCCCUCAACAACAACUGCAGCAAGUACACCUACAGUUGUAGUUUCUGAGCAAACAUCUGGUGUAACGACGGAGAUACCUACUGCACCAUCAGCAACAACAACUGCUGCACCAUCAGCAACAACGACUGCUGCACCAUCAGCAACAACGACUGCUGCACCAUCAGCAACAACAACUGCUGCACCAUCAGUAACAAUAACUGCUGCACCAUCAGCAACAACAACUGCUGCACCAUCUGUGAAAACAAGUGUUACAACAGCAACAACAACUGCUGCACCAUCAGCCACAACAACUGCUGCAUCGACGGCAACAACGACUGCAUCAUCGGCAACAACUGUACCAUCUGUGAAAACAAGUCCUGCAACAACAACAACAACUGUUGCACCAUCAGCAACAACAUCUGUUGCAGCAUCAGCAACAACGACUGCUCCACCAUCAGCAACAACAUCUGUUGCACCAUCAGCAACAACAACUGUUGCACCAUCAGCAACGACUACUGCACCAUCUGUGAAAACAAGUGCUACAACAGCAAUAACAACGACUGCUGCACCAUCAGCAACAACGAGUACUGCUACAGAAACAACAUCUACAACAGCAAUAUCCCCUACGGGAACAUCAGCAACAAUUGGUACUGAAACAACAACAACAGCUGGGACCACAGCAACCACAAUUGUGCCCUCUACAACAACUGCUGCAAGUACACCUACAGUUGUAGUUUCUGAGCAAACGUCUGGUGUAACGACGGAGAUAUCUACUGCACCAUCAGCAACAACAACUACUGCACCAUCAGCAACAACUGUGCUACAACAGCAAUCACAACGACUGCUGCACCAUCAGCAACAACGAGUACUGCUACAGAAACAACAUCUACAACAGCAAUAUCUCCCACGGGAACAUCAGCAACAACUGGUACUGCAACAACAACAACAGCUGGGACCACAGCAACCACAAUUGUGCCCUCUACAACAACUGCUGCAAGUACACCUACAGUUGUAG